CCUAGAAACUCCAGGAUGGAAGACGGACAUAGCCAGCCAGCCAGCAGUGGGUCUGGGGUCCAGCCUGUGGGAGGAGAGCAAAGCAGAGGAUGUUCUGUCCUUGGCGUCUCCAGGCCAAGAUGCCCGAGUUCCUUUUGCAUCCUGAUUCCCAAGGGCAAGAGGAGUGGACAGGAGACUCUGAGAGCGCCAGCUGAUCUGGAGACCACCCACCUGGUGGUCUGAACACCGAGACCUGGUGUCGGGUCCUCAGGAGGAGGCUCAGCCCCCCAGGCCCUGCCCCGCAGCUGUUGAUGUUUGGUCCAUCUGGGUCGGUCACUCCCUGCUCACAUUCCCACCGCUGUCUCCAGAGAGAAAACUCAAGGACAGUUGGACAGAUCGGUCACAGGCCACACUUUCUAUCACUGGUGGGAAGGAGAUAGGCAGCGGGGCCAGAACAGAAGGGGCUUUGAGCUGGCCCAGGCUUGUAGGGGAGCUCAGGCACUGGCCCCCAAGGUCACCUCCUGGGAGGCGAUAGGGCUGUCCUCCCGCACAAACACCCUGGGCUGGCCCAUAUAAGCAGAGUGGCCAAGCCCCUGACAGUUCCCAGGAUGAGGGCUGCACCUCUCUCUCGGCUGGUCCUGGUGCUAUGGGCGAUGGGCACCCUGAUGGGGGCUGGGACCCCUGGAGAAGAAGCCUUGCCUGGGGAGCCUGCAGGCACUGGGGGUCUCAUCUUCCACCAAGACUGGGACUGGCCAGCCCCCCAGGGCUUGCCUCCAAGCAGCCAGCGAGACUCCCUGUGCCUGGUGACGCUGGUUGGCGGCAGCAACGGCAGCAGUGCCCCCCUACAGGUGAUGGGAGCCCUGAGGGGCUACGAGCAGGCCUUCCUGGAGGCCGUGCAUCGAGCCCACUGGGGGCCUCGUGACCUGGCCACCUUUGGCGUCUGCGCCCCUAGCCAUGAGCACGCUGCCCUGCCCCUUUUGCAGUGGCUUAGAGUGUGGCUGGGGGAGCCCCAGGGGCAGCGGCUGGCGGUCCUGCACCUGGAGGAAGUGACCUGGGAGCCAACACCCUCACUGAGGUUCCAGGAGCCUCCAUCUGGAGAAAUCAGCCCCUCAGAGAUGGCGCUGCUGGUGCUGUACCCCGGGUCCGGCCCAGAGGUCACUGUAACAGGGGCCGGGCUGCUGGGCACCCAGGCUGAGCUCCCAUCUCCUCAGAGUCUCUGCCUAUCCCGGGACACCGGCUACCUGACGCUGGCGGUGGACCAUCCGGCGGGGGCCUGGCACGGCCUGGGCCUUGCCCUAACCCUGCGGCACCGCGAAAACGGCACCCCGCUGAGCACCGCGCAGCUGCAAGCCUUGCUGUUCGGCGCCGACCCCCGCUGCUUCACGCGGAUGACGCCGGCCCUGCUCCUGCUGCUGAGGCCUGGGCCCACGCCUAUGCCCGCGCACGGUCGGCUGGACACACUGCCCUUCCCGACGCCCAGUUCCACCCCGGAGCCCGAGGAGCCACUACCCGGCACCGAUCCCUUUCUGGAGACGCUCACACGCCUGGUGCGGACGCUGCGGGGGCCCCAAAACCGGGCCUCGCCGCCGCGCCUGGCCCUGGACCCUGCCGCGCUGGCCAGCUUCCCGCAGGGCCUGGUCAACCUGUCGGACCCUGUGGCACUGGAGCGCCUGCUUGACGGCGAGGAGCCCCUGCUGCUGCUGCUGCCACCUGCCGCUGCCACCACGGGGGACCCUACGCCGCUGCAGGGCCCGGAGUCCUCGCCGUGGGCGUUGGAUCUGGCGCGCCGAGUGGCCGCAGAGCUGCAGGCGGCUGCCGCUGAGCUGCGCGGCCUCCCAGGGCUGCCGCCCGCCGCCCCGCCACUGCUGGCGCGCCUGCUGGCGCUGUGCCCCGGGAACUCGGGGGACCCACGCGGACCCGGCGGCCCACUGCGCGCGCUGCUUCUGCUAAAGGCGCUGCAGGGCCUGCGCGCCGAGUGGCGCGGGAGGGAGUGGAGUGGGCCGGCUCGGGCACAGCGCAGUGCGGGGCCCAGGACCGCGGACGAGUCGUGCGCGCUGCGCGAGCUGAGUGUGGACCUCCGUGCCGAGCGCUCGGUACUCAUCCCCGAGACCUACCAGGCCAACAACUGCCAGGGCUCCUGCGGCUGGCCGCAGUCCGACCGCAACCCGCGCUAUGGCAACCAUGUGGUGUUGCUGCUCAAGAUGCAGGCCCGUGGGGCGGCUCUGGCGCGUCCACCCUGCUGCGUGCCCACGGCCUACGCGGGCAAGCUGCUCAUCACCCUGUCGGAGGAGCGCAUCAGCGCACACCACGUGCCCAACAUGGUGGCCACCGAGUGCGGCUGCCGGUAACUCCGCGCUGCGAGUGGCGCCCCUGUCCAUAUUUAUUCGGACCCGAAUCAUCACCCCAAUAAAGACCACAAGC